UGAGUGACGACUGUAGUGACAGGCUCUAAAAGUCUUAACGGAGAAGUAAAUGUACCUAUUUAAUUUGUCAUUGCAUGACUUAUGUUGUUAAAUCCUUAUAAAUAUUUCUUAAUAACUUUGUGAAUAUUGCUAUAAAAUAAGCAAUAAUAUUUCCCGUGUGAAUUAAUCGUGUGUUAAAAUUUAAUAAUUAUUCCAAAUAUUGCGGUGUUAUUUUUUAUAAUUUAAAUACAAGUACUUAAGAAAUAAUAUUAGCAGUAAAGAAAUGGGGAUGAAAAGUUCAUGAUGAAACUCUAUCCCACCGGGCAUUCGGGUUUAAAUGGCUAUUUUAUGAUGUACCUGUCGAAAUGGAAACGGGUGGCCGUCUUACUGCUGUUCAUAUGGAUUGCUGUCACGUAUCUCGUGAUAUCACCGCUGAGAUGCGACGGCAACACAGAGGAGACGUCCGACUUCCAAGAUAGAUUAAAAGCGGUCUCCCUUCAGUUGGAAUCGUUGAAGCAACAACACAAUAACCUUAUUGCACAGAUAAAAAAAUCGUCGGGACUUAAUGUAAAUCUGAAUGACCUUGAAACAUCAGCGUUCCUUCACAAUGGUGGGGGACCAUCGGAAGAAUACGAGAAUCUUAGACGAAGAAUAUAUUCGAAUACAAAGGAGAUAUGGUACUUUGUCAACCACGAGCUGACGAAGCUAGUCAACGAUGAUGGCCAAUCAGAAAAGUUGCGCGCGAUUUUAGACCAAGUUGCUGACAGGAAAAGAUCUUUACUAUCGGACCAACAGAAGCUUCCAGAACUAGAUGGAUACCAUGAAUGGAGGAGAAUAGAAGCGGCGAAUGUCAGCGACCUCGUACAAAGAAGACUCAAGUAUUUACAAAACCCACCAGACUGCAGGGAGUCCAGGAAGGUCAUCUGUAAUUUGAAUAAGGGCUGCGGGUUCGGUUGUCAGCUUCACCACAUAGUGUAUUGUCUGAUUUUCGCAUACGCCACCGAGAGGACCUUGAUAUUAAACUCGAAGGGCUGGAGGUACAACAACAAGGGCUGGGAGUACGUUUUCCAUCCCAUAUCAGAUAGUUGCACUUCGGCGUACGACGACAAAGUUGUUCAGUGGCCAGCCUCGUACGACGCAAAAGUGGUCUCGUUGCCGUUCAUCGAUUCGAUAUCUCAGAAGCCGAAGUUCUUACCUCUCGCGAUACCGUCUGAUUUAGCUCACAGGAUAGUUCGUUUCAACGGUGAUCCGUCGUCGUGGUGGAUCGGUCAAAUGCUCAAAUAUGUGCUGAAACCAAGGACCGGUAUGCAGAAGGCUAUCAAUGAAACGAUAGCCAAGAUGAACUUCAAGAAACCUAUUGUAGGUGUUCAUAUAAGGAGGACUGAUAAAGUGGGAACAGAAGCGGCCUUCCACCACAUCGAUGAAUAUAUGCUACACGUAAAGGACUACUACGCGCAACUGGAACUCACGCAGCACGUCGACAAGAAACGAGUAUACCUAGCCACGGACGACGCUAACGUGCUGGAGGACGCCCGCAACAAGUACCCGCAGUUCGAGUUCCUGGGCGACCCGUCCAUCGCCAAGACGGCGGCCACGCACCGCCGCUACACGCCGCUGUCGCUCACCGGCCUGCUCGUCGACCUGCACCUGCUGGCGCUCUGCGACUACCUCGUGUGCACCUUCAGCAGCCAGGUGGGGCGCGUGGCGUACGAGAUGAUGCAGACCAACCGCGCCGACGCGUCGGACAGCUUCUACUCGCUGGACGACAUCUACUACUUCGGCGGCCAGAACGCGCACGACCGGCGCGCCGUCAUGGCGCACGCCGCCCGCGGCGCCCAGGAGAUAUCUGUGCAGGUCGGAGACUUAAUCGGCAUAGCUGGUAAUCACUGGAACGGCUUCGGUAGAGGGACGAACAAGCGCACUAAUGUGAACGGUCUAAUACCGUGGUACAAAACGGCGGACCACCUGGUGCUGUACUCGUUCCCCGACUACAAGCACGUGCCGCAGUACCCGGACACGCGACAGAAAGACUUAUGAAUCAAUUGAUUGCACUGCUUAGCCGAAUUAUAACGCUAGACUUUAGUUGAUAUUAAGCCUUGUGAUCUUAAUGUUACGGUUCAAAUUCGUUUACACAUGUAUGAGUGAGUUAUUGCACGUAGCUUAGACGAUAUUCGACUUUACGUUGUAUGGUUUUAGGUUCAAAUUGAAUUGCAUUUAAUUGAAUUUAUGCACAAGACAGCAUUAACGAUUAUUCAAUAGGUUUUCUAUGGACUCAUCGCUGACCAAAACCGAUUGUGAUAGACCGGUAGUGCCAAUUAUAAAACGAGAAAUACAAUGUCAAUAAAUUUUGUUUCCGAAAGUCUAUUUGUGAAAGGAUUUAUGCAAUUCAUUAGUGUCUAUGGUUAAUACUAAUAAACAAAAAUCCAUCAAAGCUAUCUAUCAUUGCCAUUCGUUUAUUGUGAUGUAUUUUAAAUCUUUCAUAAUCCAUGUUAAACUAUAAUGUGAUCACGGAUUUAUUAAUACAGUAGGAUCUUGAUUAUCCGGUAUCAAAGACGAAUCAAACGAUAUAGACAUUUUUAUCAAUUUUUGUUUUUUGAUCGUUAUUAAAAAAAUGAAAUACUUUCUACCCAAAUAAGUAAGAGGUAGUGCACGAUCAGAGGCAGGAAUGAACGCAUCACAACGUGUCUUUGUGUGGUAAAUUACAGGUAUGACAUAAGAGAUAAUUGGAUGUCCGGAUCAUCGGAAUUUUACUGUUGUGUAUGUAUGUUAUGUAUGUAACUGAAAAAAAAUCAGGAUAUAUAUUUUAGUACAAGGCUUUUUGAAAUGUCAUAGUUUUUUGUUUUGUUGAACUAUCUUGCUUGGAUUCAUGUAAUCCGAUGUAUGUAAAUGUAUAAAGAAGUCGUUGGCAGAUUGACGAAAUUUAAGAAAUGUCUCAUACCAGAAAGAGACUUAAAUUUUAAACAAAUUAUUUUGUCUGCCUUGUUGCUCUAGUGGCCAGCUAUAAAACUGAAGAUCCUGGUUCUGGCUUCAAUGCCGGGCUACAAAAAGAAUAUUGGGUUUUCUGUAUGAAUUCUUAGUAAAUUAGUGAUAUUUACACUCUCGCGUCUCGGAAAGCACGUCACGCUGUUGGUCCUGUGAAUUAAUUAUAUCCGGUCCCAUCGGAUUAUGGAAGUAAAGGAUAAAAAGUGUGCCAGUUUUGCCCUACAAUAUGUCCAGCAUGAUUGUUAUUGAAAUUCAAGAA